AUGGAGGAUGGCGGUUGGGUUCACGUUCCCCGCCCCGCUGAGAAGGACUACUGGAAUCCAACUGCCGUUCAGGAGAAUAGCAAUGGAGAGCCUUCUUCCCAACCGCUGAAGCUGAUUUUCACCUCUCCGGCCAAGUACUGGACCGACGCCAUUCCCAUCGGCAAUGGCCGCUUCGGCGCCAUGAUCUGGGGCGGUGUUGCCAAGGAAACUCUCCAACUCAACGAGGAUACACUGUGGACAGGCAUUCCUGGUAACUACACUAACCACAAUGCUCCGGCUGCUCUUUCCGAUGUCAGAAAACUUGUUGAUGAUGGUCAGUUCACCCAAGCUACUAAAGAAGCCAUCAAAUUGUCUGACCAUCCUUCUGAGGUUUACCAACUGCUUGGGGAUAUGAUACUUGAAUUCGACACUUCGCACCUCAAAUAUGAUGAGGAAACAUACCACAGAGAACUGGAUUUGGAUACCGCUACAACAACAGUGAAAUAUUCCGUUGGAGAUAUUGAAUAUAAGAGGGAAUAUUUUGCUUCUUAUCCUGAUCAAGCAUUUGUGACGAGGCUUUCUGGAAGUGAGAAAGGUUCCUUGUCAUUUACUCUUUACAUAGAUAGCAAGAUGCAUCACCAUUCAUUUGUGCAAGAGAACAAUCAGAUCCAUUUUCAAGGGAGCUGUCCAGGGAAAAGGAUCCCGCCAAGGUUGAAUGCCGGUGAUAAUCCAAAGGGGAUUCAAUUUUCUGCUUUGCUAAACUUGCAAAUUGGCGGAGACACAGGAGUGAUCACUGAUGUGGAUGGUAGAAAGUUGAGGGUUGAAGGUGCGGAUUGGGCUGUUAUUCUGCUGGUGGCUUCAUCUUCAUUUGAUGGGCCUUUCACGAAUCCUAUUGAUUCCAAGAAAGAUCCAUCCUCAGAUUGCGAAACUGCAAUGACUUCUUUAAGAAAGUUGUCAUAUGCUGAUAUACAUGCACACCAUUUGGAUGAUUACCAAAGUCUUUUUCGCCGUGUUUCUCUGGAGCUUUGGAAAAGCUCUAAGAAUGUCUUAGGGAGUGCACAUUUGAAUGCAGAAAAGCAAAUUGCUGCUGACGAAAGUGUGCCCUUUACGGGAAGUGAAAACACCACUGUAUCAACUGCAGAGAGGGUGAAAUCCUUUCAAACUGAUGAAGAUCCAUCUCUGGUGCAACUUCUGUUCCAGUAUGGUAGAUAUUUGCUUAUAUCUUGUUCAAGACCUGGAACCCAGGUAGCAAACCUCCAGGGCUUGUGGAAUAAGGAUAUAGAGCCACCAUGGGACGGUGCUCAACACUUGAACAUAAAUCUACAAAUGAACUAUUGGCCGGCUCUAUCAUGCAAUCUCAAGGAGUGUCAAGAGCCCUUGUUCGACUACAUUUCCUUUCUUUCGAUCAAUGGGAGCAAGACUGCAAAAGUGAACUAUGAAGCUAAUGGUUGGGUUGCACAUCAAGUGAGUGACAUAUGGGCAAAAACAUCCCCAGACCGCGGAGAAGCUGUAUGGGCUUUCUGGCCAAUGGGUGGGGCUUGGCUUUGUACCCAUUUGUGGGAGCAUUUUGUUUACUCAAUGGACACGGAUUUCCUGAAAAAUAAGGCAUACCCUUUACUGGAAGGAUGUGUCCGAUUCCUGUUGAGCUGGUUGAUCAAAGGUCCUGGUAGAUAUUUGGAAACUAAUCCAUCAACUUCUCCUGAACAUAUGUUCAUUGCCCCGGAUGGUAAGCAAGCAAGUGUGAGCUACUCAACAACAAUGGACACGUCAAUUAUAAAAGAAGUUUUCUCUGAAAUUCUCUCUGCAGCUGAGAUUCUAGGAAGAACAGACGAUGAACUCAUUCAAAAAGUCCGCGAGGCUCAGCAGCAGCUUCCACCUACUAAAAUUUCUAGAGAUGGUACCAUUAUGGAAUGGGCUUUGGAUUUCAUUGACCCAGACAUUCAUCACAGGCAUCUCUCCCACCUCUUUGGAGUGUUUCCUGGGCAUACUAUUACGCUUCAGAAGAAUCCUGACCUCAGUAAAGCUGCAGAAAACACCCUGGCAAAGAGAGGCGAGGUAGGUCCUGGAUGGUCGACUAUGUGGAAAGCUGCACUCUGGGCACGUUUACACAGGAAAGAGGAGGCAUACCGCAUGGUUAAGCAUUUGUUUGUCCUGGUGGAUCCUGCUCAUGAAAGUGAAUAUGAAGGAGGACUUUAUAGUAACUUGUUCACUAGUCACCCGCCAUUCCAGAUUGAUGCCAACUUUGGUUUCUCGGCAGCAAUUGCAGAAAUGUUAGUUCAAAGCACCGUGAAAGAUCUGUAUCUGCUCCCUGCUCUUCCUCGUGACAAGUGGCCUAAUGGCUGCGUUAAAGGACUGAAGGCGCGAGGCGGGGUAACAGUGAAUGUUUGCUGGAAAGAAGGUGAUCUUCAUGAAGUUGGUCUUUGGUCGACAGAUGGGAAUCGCAUCCAGCGUUUACAUUACGGAGGAAGGACGGUGAAUGCAUGCCUAUUAUCCUGUAAAAUAUACACAUUCGACCGUGAGUUGAGAUGCAUUAGAACCUACUCACUCUCACAAGUAGCUUCUUGUUGA